AGCAGAAAAUUUAGACAAAUAUGUGUGUAAUAUAUGUAAUAUAUACAUCAAUACACACACACAGACACACACACACAAAUAAAAAAAUAGAGACAGAGAGAGCACGAGAGAGAUUAUUUAUUAUUAUAUUCAAUAUUAUCUAAAAUUUCCAAUUUAUCUUGAUGUUUUUUUCAAAAAGACAGCCUUAAUAAUGAAUUGUUACAGAGACUAGAAACUGUUAACAAUAGAAAAAAUGUCGCGCCACAUUUUUUCUGCUUUAGAAGAGAAGGUGAUCCUGUCUGACAAGGAUUUAGAUCAGUUAAUUAAGGAGCCAUAGUGGAUCUUUCAUAUCUGCUGUAGUCUGUUUGAUUUCCAUGGCACCCAGAUCAAGUUCCUGGACUUUCAACAGCGGCCUGACGCCGUUCUUGAAGCAAACGGGUCCCAAAUCCCCAGAAGAUUGGGGAAUGAAAAGAGAUGUAAAGUUUAGAUGUGUGGCAACAGCUAAACGCAGGGUCAGGUUUCUCAGAGCCCUGGCUAUAUUUAACCUACUGAUCUAACACCAGGCAGAGAGUUUAAAUGCCACCACUGCAGUUGGUGUGGAGCAGUUGUCGUCCACAGAUCUUCUUCAGCACGAGCUCAGCUCCGGGGGGAAACACCCACACACGCUCGCAAGAACCGCAAAGGACCUAUAACGCUUUCAGAGAAGACAGAGCAGAGCCAGUGGACUCUAAUUCCAGCAAGACAUGGAGCUUUUCGAGACCAACCCCUACUUCUUCGCAGACCAGCGCUUUUACGAAGGCGGCGAUAACUACUUCCAGUCCAGGCUGACCGGAGGCUUCGACCAAGCUGGAUAUCAGGACCGAAGCUCCAUGAUGGGCUUGUGUGGAGACGGAAGGUUGCUGUCAAACGGAGUGGGGCUGGAGGACAAACCCUCUCCAUCUUCUAGCCUCGCUCUGUCCAUGUCUCCUCACCAGGAGCAGCAGCACUGUCCGGGUCAGUGUCUGCCCUGGGCCUGCAAGGUGUGUAAGCGCAAGUCUGUGACCAUGGAUCGACGGAAAGCCGCCACUUUGAGGGAGAAGAGGAGGUUGAAGAAAGUCAACGAGGCCUUUGAGGCUCUUAAGAGAAGCACGCUCAUGAAUCCCAACCAGAGGCUGCCGAAGGUGGAAAUCCUGCGUAGCGCCAUCCAGUACAUCGAGAGGCUCCAGGCGCUGGUCAGCUCUCUCAACCAGCAGGAACAUGAGCAGGGAAACCUGCAUUACAGAGCCGCGGCUCCUCAAGGGGUGUCGUCCUCUAGCGAUCAGGGCUCGGGCAGCACCUGCUGUAGCAGUCCAGAGUGGAGCAGUGCGUCUGAGCACUGCGCCCCCGCCUACAGCUCCACCCAUGAGGAUCUCUUGAACGACGACUCCUCAGAGCAAACCAACCUGAGGUCCCUGACGUCUAUUGUGGACAGCAUUACAGGAACAGAGGUGACUCCGGUUGCCUAUUCAGUGGACAUAAGCAAAUAAACGAGGAGGGUGAUGGCACCAUUAUGUUCAGACCAGCUUUCACCGACCAUAACAGCACUAUGUAUGACACCCAAGGUGAACAAAGAACCUUUUAAAAGUCCUAAAAGCCUUGGGGGCUUAAUUUCCAGACAAAUCUUGAGGUCCAUAUGAAUAUAUUUCCAAAUCUUUCUUAUCUUUGUGGGAAUAAGAACGAAUUUUAAGCCUAAUUCCUGUUUAAACUUAAGACAGUCAGACAGGCCGAUACAUAAUUUCAUAGUUUGUACUUUUUCCCUCUUGAUUCCUUUAUUUUUGCAUUCUGUUUGUGUGUGCUUUAUGCUUACCAACAAAAAAAACAUUUGUGGGUCCAAUGUUUUACUUCUGGUUUUGACCAAUUUCUGCUUAAUUUAAACUAGUUCCGAAUGCCAGUCAUGUAAAUAUGUUCCUCUUUUCUACAGAGUGGUUUUGUUAUUUUAUUUUGUAUUUUUCGGUGUUUGGAAUAAUUUAUUUGACUUUUAUAAUAAAGAUUGUUGUGUAUU